UCAGACCACCGAGAGUGUCAACCAGGUGAAUUUCAAUGCAUGAAUGGUCAAUGUAUUCCUUUUGAACAACGAUGUGAUUUAUUGAACAAUUGCUUUGAUAACUCAGAUGAGCACAAUUGCAAAGGUUCUUGCAAUCCCAAUAGCACUUUUCAGUGUUAUGAUGGCACCUGCAUUCCCAGGUAUACUUUAUGUGAUGGUCACAGAGACUGCCCUGGAAAAUAUCACGAAGAUGAACAAGUAGGAUGUUCUCGAAGAGAAGAUAGACUUGGAAGAUAUGAAGAAAAGAAGCUGUGUUCGAAACGAGAUCGAAAGACGUGCCUAGACUUGUACAUGUUAGAUAACAUCCGAGCGAGCGGCUACUACAUGAUAGAUUCAGAUGGCUCUGAUGGACCAAUACCACCUUUCGAAGUGUUCUGCCAGAUUGGUGAUAGCCCGGAAGAAGUGAUCACCAUCAUCCAUCACGACUCAGAGGAAAGUAUGUAUGUCCGGUCAGGAAAAGACGGUCCAGGAAGUUACAGCAGGACUCUCGUCUACUCCGUGGGUAUGGAAAAACUCAAAGCACUAACCAACGCAUCAAAAACUUGCCGGCAGUUUAUCAGUUGGCGAUGUUGGGGAACAGGCUUCCACUUUGAAUCUGAGAAACCUUGGAGCUGGUGGGUUUCUUGGAACGGGCAGCCUCAAUACACCUGGGGAGGCGCAAAAAAGCAUACAACUUGUGGCUGUGAUGUAGAAGGAUGUAGAAACGUCAAUAAAACUUGCAAUUGUGAUUCUGUCCAAAAAUUUGAAGGGAGUGCAGAUGAAGGAUUUCUGGAGAACAAGGAUACCCUACCAGUUAAAGAGGUAAGAUUUGGUUACACAUUCCGGACAGGACAAUAUGGUUAUCACCGAAUUGGACCGUUAGAAUGCUUUGGAAAUGCUGUUGAAAUUGUGGAAAGAUGCACGAACAGUACGAAUUACAUGAAAUGUUUUACUGGUCAUUAUGUUCCCAUUUCAUUCAAGUGUCUUUAUGAAUUCGACCAGUAUGGGUAUCACAUAGGAUGUAGAGACGUUACGCAUUUGAGACACUGCGAAGAUUUUGUUUGUCCUAAGGAUUACAUAAAAUGCCCAGAAUCUUACUGCAUACCGACGAGUUAUGUUUGUAAUGGGAAAUGGGACUGCAUUGGUGGAAAAGAUGAGGAAGAAUGUGAUUCGUACAAUUGCCCCGGUCAGUACAAGUGUUACAACAGAAGUUCAUGCUUGCCUUUAGGAAAACUGUGCGAUGGAGUCAGAAACUGUCCCCACGGUGAUGAUGAGCUGUUAUGCGAUCUGGUUUGCCCCGAAAACUGCAUGUGCGUCGGCUUAUUUAUUUCGUGUAUGCGUCAGAAUGCAUCCGUGCUACCAAGUAAUCUACCUCAUGAAGUUCGAAAACUAGAUUUCAGUUUCAAUCGUCUUGAUUUACAUAAAACGGACUUUUCCAAUUACUGGACACUUGGAGAACUGAUACUACAAUAUAACCAUCUAAAUUCUAUCCCAGCAAAACGAUUUGUGCCUCUGAGGAAUUUGUACAAAUUGGAUCUCAGCAAUAAUAGAAUAACAUUUAUCGAAGCGUCAGCUUUUGAAGGACUUACGAAUGUUCGAUUACUGGUCCUUGAAAAUAAUCCCACUCUCACAGAAAUUGAAGCGGAAGCUUUCAAUGGUCUGACUAACUUACCUACUCUGAAUCUGACCGGAAUAUCUCUUAGAAUUUUGAGAAGGAGUACUUUUAACGGAAUGUCCAGCCUUAGAACUUUAAACCUACAGAAUAAUAACAUAGAAAAAGUUGAAACUGGUGCUUUUGUAGGACUUCACUCUGUAACAGUCUUAGAUAUCAAAGGAAACGACAUUGUAGACUUUACAUCUCACAUCUUCACUGGGUUGAAAUCUUUAGAAUACUUGUACACUGAUUCAUACACAUUCUGUUGUAUGGCAUCUUCUCUAGUAUCACUACAGAACUGUCACCCUCCUCCAGAUGAGAUUUCAUCCUGUGAAGACCUGAUGAGCAGUCCUGUGCAAAGAUCCUUCUUGUGGGUGCUGGGAAUCAUUGCCUUGGUUGGUAAUCUUUUCGUCAUCAUCUGGCGUUCGAAGACCAAGGAUUCAAGUAGAAUAAGUUCAACCCUUAUCCUCAGUCUGGGCUGCGCAGAUUUUCUCAUGGGAAUAUACCUCAUUAUCAUUGCUAGUGUGGAUGUUUAUUACAGAAGUAUUUACAUUGAAAACUCUGACAAAUGGAAGAGAAGUACCCUCUGCAAAAUUUGCGGCUUCCUGUCAACUGUGUCCACAGAAGUUUCGGUGCUUACUCUUGCCUUCAUCACACUAGAUAGACUAAUUUGUCUUUGCUUUCCACUCUCCCAGAGGAGGUUCAGUCUCCAGUUUACAUACAGACUAAUCGCUUCAUCAUGGAUUAUAGCUGGUGUUAUGGCAGCCAUACCUCUGGUAGUAGAACCGUAUUUUCAGGGAAGAUUCUAUGCACGCUCUGGCGUUUGCUUGGCUUUACACAUCACAAAUCACAGACCAGCAGGCUGGGAAUAUUCAGUAGCUAUAUUUUUCUGCCUGAAUUCAAUAGCAUUCAUAAUAAUCGUUUUGGCAUAUCUUUACAUGUACAUUACCAUCAGGCAGUCGUAUCAGAACAUGAGUCGACUUAUGUCUCGGCAAACAAGGGAAAACAAGAUUGGACGACAAAUGGCAUUGAUCGUUUUGACUAAUUCCAUGUGUUGGUUUCCUAUUAUUGUUAUGGGAAUGUUGGCCAUGUCUGGAAUCAAUAUAACAGGAGAAGCAUAUUCAUGGACAGCCAUUUUCGUUUUGCCGUUGAAUUCUGCCACGAAUCCAUUGAUUUACACCAUAUCUUCUCUUCAUUUCCAUACGCGUUUAUUAUCGAGGUUUGGCUUAACUUCAAAGGACGCAAAGGGCUUAUACGUCAGCAGACUAACUAGUUCAAAUCGAAAGUCAGAUAAAUCUGAGCGUAUGAUGUUAAGAGAUCAACUGAACUCUCGUCCUUUCAAACCCCCUCAUGGGUACAUCUCUCUUCUGCAAUAUUUAAGAACAGUCCCGGGGCUUAGACCUCGCCACCUUUUGAAAAUAGCAACAGCUAUCUGUAAAAUGUUGACAGAACUGCACGCAGGCAGUUAUGCAUUGGGAGGUAUUGAUGUGAACGCUGUUUUCGUAAGCGAGAGCUCGGACGGGGAUGAAAUUCAUGUUUAUGUGCCAGACUUCAAUGCUUAUAAAAUAGUAUCAACACCUAUAAGUGGUAUGCCAGAUGAUACAGCAGUGGAUAUGGAAGAAUUUGGACUUUUGGUAAAGAAAAUGCUCAGAGUUUACCAUGUGAUAUCAAGGUCGAAUGACCCCAUGCAAGGCACUGCUUGUUAAUGAUGUAAGAAGUAUCCAUCUCUUCAGGGAAGAAAGCCAACAAGAUAAGCUGUCGAAUUCCGUUGAUGACAUACUUGUGACUCUUGUUUUAUCUGUAGAAAUAUUGUCUUCUCUGUGUAUAUAAGAAAACUCUGUGCAAAUGUUGUGAAAGAAUGUGGUUUUAUAAGAAAGAAGAAUCUUUCACUUUUUUAUUUUAUAAAAGUAAAAGAAGAACAUAAUUAAUUGGUA